GUCUGUCAUUGUAAUGUAUCCCUCUAAUUUCUCUGUAUAUUAAAGUAAGAGAAAGGAGAAAUUUAAAAAAUUUACCCUUUUUUAUUUUUUUGUUUUGUUUUUGGUUCUUUGGUUCUUGAAUUUGGGGUCAUCUUUGCAGAGAUAAAUAAGAGAGAGAAAGUUAGAGAAUGUGGAAGAGCUUUCAAAGCUCUUCAUGCUUGUUUGUAUUUCUAUCUCAUCAUGGAUACUCCUGAUAAAAUUGCUCAACUUACUCCUUCCUCAUCUUCAUUUGUUUCCAAAUAUGAGGAUUCUCCAGUGUUUAAUUACAUAAGCACUUUGUCACCUAUCAAAUCAUUUAGCUUGGGGAACAGCACACAGUCAUUUCCCCUUCUGGGGUUUUCUUCUCCUCAUGCCUUGGAAACUCCUCCGCCUUAUCCAAGGGAACCUAAGAUCCCAAGGGCAAGUCAUGCUAUCGAGGCACCAAAAAAUGACAGCUUUCCAAAAGUUUGUGAAGCUAAAGCGGCAGAGAUGUCAGUUGAAAUAGAACUAACUGAUCUGCAUACUGCCGAGAUGGAUAAAGUUGAACGGGAGGCGAAUGUCAGCCCGACUGAUUCAACCUCAAAUAUGAUUUCUGAGAUCCCAAGAGCUUUGAAAUAUGAAUGUGAUCCCCCCGAGAAUAAUGAUGCCCAUCGUGAUGCUGUGAAGCCCCGUUAUGCUCUUAGUGUUGCCGGAAAAGAAUUGUUUCCUGUAAAGAUCAUGCAAGGUAAUCCUAAAGAAGCGGACGGUUCAUUUGAAAAUGAAAUGAGAGUGCAGGCGAGUCAAAUGGAGCAAAAUAAGGAAGCGUGCGAGGGGAGGGAAUUUGUGUGUGAAACUUCUGAUAUGUUACACUCUCAUUCAACUGCCAAAGAAAGUUACCAUGAUCAGAUGGAUGCUUUUGUCGCAGCGGUCUUGCAGCCUCCUAAUGAUCAUAUUAAUGACACCCAGAAACUGGAUUCUGCUUGUCCAGUUGUAGAUAACCAUGUCCUGGAAGAAGUGCCUGCUGGCAGCAUUCGUGCUCAACCGGCCGAGGAAGUUAUGCAGUGUUUGAAGACUGAAAUGGAUGAUAAGCCUUGUUCUCAGCAGCAGCAGACGACAAGAAGACGUUGUCUAGUUUAUGAGGUGUCUGGGUCUCGUUACCGGAAACUGGUUGCUGAUUCACCGAGCAAUUCUCCAACUAAACAAGGUGUUAGUUCUGUGAUCUCAUCUGAUAAGUGUGUGAUGUCCAGCAGAUCUGGUGGCUACAAAUUUUCAUCAGCACUCCCUAGUAUCGGUUUGCACUUGAAUGCUUUAGCAGCUCUUUCUAAAGACAAAAUAAUUGUUAAGAGUCAGACUUUGACUUGUAGAAGGCAGCUAAUAAGAUCACCACACACCAUAUCCUCGUCUGAUUCUGUCAUUUCUGAUGCAAGACUUCCUACCGUGAAAUUAGAGCCAGAAAUUGUUGAAAGAGAAUCCGAUGAACAGAAUGGAGUUCAGGUGUCUGAAAAUGGGCCUGAGAACUCUAUAUUUGGGGAUGGUGUUGAGCUUCCUCAGUGUUCUCCCAAGAAGAAAAGGCGGAAGUCAGAAAACAUAGGAGAGCCUGAAUCUUGCAAGCGAUGUAACUGCAAGAGGUCAAAAUGCUUAAAGCUUUACUGUGAGUGUUUUGCGGCUGGUCUGUACUGCGUUGAGCCCUGUAAUUGUCAGGACUGCUUCAACAAGCCAAUUCACGAGGAUACCGUACUUGAAACUCGUCGACAAAUAGAGUCCCGCAAUCCGCUUGCAUUUGCUCCUAAAGUAAUUUUAUGUGGUGACACUCCUAAAACCGUGGAUGAGGUGAAUAAAACUCCAGCUUCAGCCAGACAUAAAAGAGGAUGCAACUGUAAGAAAUCUGGUUGCCUGAAGAAAUAUUGCGAAUGCUUUCAGGGCGGUGUCGGAUGUUCUCUGAGCUGCAGAUGUGAAGGAUGUAAAAACACCUUUGGUCACAAGGAAGGAACUGAAAGUAUGGUAUUUCGAGAAACAAAAUUCCUUCACAGGAACGCAUCAGAUGUCAGUUUACACGACGAUGUUCAUAGAGCAGAAAACGAGAAUGACGAUCAAGCAACACAGCCUUUGAAGAAUGCAAGGCAACCCGUUAGGAGGCCUUUUCACUUAAGCAGAACGCCCCAUCAUAUUCUUACACAUACCGAUGGACCUUUCCUUCAAUCAAGCGCGCCCCUUAUAACCAACCAAUCCAAUGAGACAGCUUUUGAGGCAGAAGACGAUGAUGCCCUUGAGUCGGAGGCAUUGAAGGGCGAUUACUCACUUCCUACUACUUCCGUUAAGUCUGCAUCUCCUAACUGUAAAAGAAUUUCACCUCCUCAUAGCGGCUUUAAUACAUCUCCCGGUUGGAGGAGUUGUAGGAAGUUGAUUCUGCGAUCAAUCCCGUCAUUAACAUUUACUCCGGAGAAAGAAAACAUGGAGUUGCCAGGAAAGCUUCAAUGAAAUAAACUAAAAGAUAUUGUUUCGUUGAGAAAUGAUUGAUUGAUCCUGUUUCAACCAUGAAAAUAUCCUAGAUUGACAGUUGAUUUCUUUGUUUUAUUAAUGUUAUUUAGUCAGAUAAUUUUACUCAGUAGUGUAUUGUAUAAAAUGUUUUGUAGUUUAUACUUCAUAGUGGCUAUGUUUCUUUGUACUCCGUAGAUGAUUGUAGUCUAAUUUGUAUUGUACUGUUGAUAUCUUGUAGAACUAGUUCAAGCCAUAGAAAUACUCUGUCAGCUGGAAACUUUCUAUUUUUAGAAUGUGGAGUAUAAUAUUCUGCUUAAAUCUUGAGCUAUUCUUGUAAAAGAUCGUCUCUAAGUGAGAUGAUUUUAAACAAGGAACUCUAUUUUCAUAUUAUGUAUUAGAUAGGCUAUUUAAUCCAUGUAUGAGGUGCUUCUC